AUGGGGAAAGUUGCAAAUGACACAGUGGUGGCAAGAAUGUCAAAACUGGUUGAAGAGGCUUCUAGCAGAAAAUCUCGAGCACAAAGAUUCAUAGAUAAUUUUUCAAAUUACUAUAUUCCUGUGGUUGCCUUGAUUUCAGCUAGCAUUGUUGUGGUUCCGGUUGCAUUAGGAGUUCCUGAUAUUGAGCCUUGGUUUCAUCAAGCAAUUGUAGUUUUAUUGAGUGGAUGUCCUUGUGCUCUCAUCCUCUCCACACCUGUUGCAGUCUUUUGUGCUCUCACAAAAGCUGCAAUAAGUGGAUUACUGCUGAAAGGUGGAGAUUAUCUCGAAACACUUUCUGGAAUUAAGACAGUGGCUUUUGAUAAAACGGGCACAAUAACAAGAGGAGAGUUCUCAGUGACAGAUUUUUGUGCUGUAGAUGACAUUAGCAUUGAGACCUUAUUAUACUGGGUUUCAAGUAUUGAGAGUAAAUCAAGUCAUCCAAUGGCAGCUGCACUAGUGGAAUAUGGAUUGUUUCACUCUAUAAAACCAGUCCCUGAAAAUGUGGAGAACUUUCAAAAUUUUCCAAGGGAAGGAAUUUCUGGUACAAUUGAUGAGAUAGAUGUCUAUAUAGGCAAUAUGAGAAUUGCUGUCAGAGCUGGCUGUGAAAGAGGUGAUUACAAAACAGUGCCUUUAGUCUAAUUCUUGUAGGAUUUCUAAUUUUAGCAUGUGUAAUUUAUGACAAGAUCAAUAAUUCAAGAGUGGAUCUAUAGUCCCCUUUGGGUGCAAUUCAGGUUGAUUUCAAUAUUCUAUCUGCUUCAUUGCUCAUAGUCACAUGUUUAUCAUUUAAUUUGUUAGUAUAUGCACUAUGUUGAAUCAUUUUAUCAUGUUUAUAGUCAAUAGCCACAUGCAAGUUCAAAGUCACGAGACUUCAACCCAAAAACAAUGCUGUGAGCCAACUAUAGUUGGAGUCUUCAGCCUAGUUGAUGCUUGCAGAUCAGGUGCUUUGGAAGCAAUAGAAGAGCUAAACUCAUUAGGUGUGCGAUCAGCCAUGCUGACAGGCGAUAGUGCUCAGUUGAACAAAAUUAUAUUUCGUGGGAUAUCAUUGAGGUGUUAAAUCAAGAUGAGACACCUUUGCUGUACAGUCUUGUAUUUGGGGAGGGUGUUGUGAAUGAUGCUACAUCAGUGGUGCUUUUCAAUGCAAUCCAAAGCUUUGACCUCAAUCAAAUUAAUUCUUCAAUUGCUUUGCACUUUUUGGGCAACUUCUUGUAUCUGUUUAUCGCAAGCACAUUGCUUGGGGUUUUGACAGGUCUUCUCAGUGCUUACAUCAUUAAAAAGCUAUACAUUGGCAGGUAUAGUAUUGACACUUUUGUCAUUUCUAUCGUCUUUUCAACAGUAACCAUGAUGGUAUUCCACUGUUUUAUAUUGUAUAUAUGCAGUUUAUUCAUAGUAAAAAUGUAGUUGUAGACAGUUUCAUGAUAAUAAAUUGAGUCCCGGAUUCUCGCAAUCUCAGAUUUUGUAUGUUUUGUUAGGUAGACAUAAAGUCUACAGUUUAUGGAGAGUUCACCAGUUAACUGGUGCUAAAUGUUAUUAAUCCAUUAUAAAUGAUUUCUUACAAUGUCUAAGUGAACGUGUUUUAUCAAAUAAG